AUGGCAAGCGGUUUGAGUAUUUACUUCGUCUCCUACGGACCAUGUACAGCCAUAGGGUCCUUAGCCUGCUUCAUUGGAUUUGGCUUCAUGUUACAUUGCUUCGGCCAUGGAUUCUGGAUCCUACUGUAUUCGUUUGCCUAUCGAUAUUUCGUAUUAUUUCACCCUCAACCACGACGCCGUACAAUACUGCUUACUUGCGCAUUGCUAUACAUACCGUCAUUUUCUUAUUUUAUUGUACAUUGUACCUCUGGCAGCGACGAAGCAGAGCUGAAAGCUGGGCUCGAGGAAAAAUUCGGCUUCUACACAAGAAACGAAUGCGUCAGCGGGAAUCUGGAUUGUUACGAAUGGAGAACUCUUAUCGCCUGUCUUUACGUUAACUGCUUAUCGACACCGAUAUACAUCGUCGUCCUUAUUCUCAGAAAACUUACUAUUCUGAAACUGAAGUCUUUCCAAACAACCAUGUCCGGAAGCACUAGACAACUUCACUCGCAACUGCUUACAGUGCUCACGAUCCAGGCUUGUUUGCCCCUGACGCUAAUCCUCGGCACAGUUGGAUACUUGGUUGCUCAAAUGGACAUCUAUCAUCAUCCCCUUGUGGAGUAUUGUACUAGUUUUCUAUCAGUACCUAUUCCGGCGGCCAAUUCUCUUGUUUCGUUAUAUUUCAUUGGUCCUUAUCGUAAUUGGAUACGUAAACGGCUUCUAAAGUAUAAUGUCAUCAAUGCGACCAGAUUACCCACCAAUACGAUAACAACAAUACAAAGCAACAGACGUUUGACUUUUCUGAAGUGA